UUAACAGCAUCACUAACUUGCUGCACACGAGACGCAAAGCCCAGCGGUCCAGGGAGGCCCUUGUGAUGCAUUUACUGUAUGUUUCUGACUCCUGUGUUACACAUUAAAAUGACACACUUGUUCUGACGUCUGAGAAAGCUGAUCGUUUUAAUGUUCCACCUUUUUCACCGUAAGCAACAACGUCUUUCUGAGGACCUUUGCUCCUUCUUGUCCUGUUUAAAAACCCAAAGCAGAGACAUGUCAGCGGUACCUCAGUAGAGAGAUGCUCAGAGCUCACUAUCAAGGCUGCACACACUGUCUUUUCAAUUAUUUGUGAGCUGUUUUUAAAGAGCUUUCUUUAACCAUGACCACUUUUGACGACAUCUUGGAGGAAGUGGGGACGUUUGGCCGCUGUCAGAAGCGGAUCUUCGCCCUGUUUUGCUUGGUGUCCAUGCCCUGGGCCGGGGUCUACGUGGGCAUCGUCUUCCAGGGAUUCACCCCGGAUCACUGGUGCAGAGACCCCGCGGUGGUGGAGAGGAGGCAGACGUGUGGAUGGAGCCUGACGGAGGCUCGCAGGCUGACGGUGUCUCAGGGGAACAGAUCUGAGAGCAGCUGUGAGCGGUACGAGGUGGACUGGAACUCCACGGCUCUCAGCUGUGAUUCAGGGGAGCUGGCCCUCAGCAGAAUCCCAACAACGGCUGCCUGCAAGGACGGCUGGGAGUACGACUACGAGGGGAGACAGUCCUUUGUUACUGAGGAGGAUGGAGAAAGCCAUCCUGAGGAACCAGCAGCGGACCAACCUGCUUCCCACUGUAAACAUAUGCAACAACAAAGAAACAGCUAUGGUUUAACUGCGACUGACAGAAGUAUUUUUUUUUCAUACUCUUAGUUUUUUGGAUUUCACUGCUGUGUCAAAGUUUCCUCUGAAUAUUCUUACACACAGACGAUUUAAGCCUCAGGGACGAGUGACGUUGGAUUGAAGUGUGUGAAGAGAGACGUUAAUCAUGUUAUUAUAAUUAUUAUCAUUAUUAUUAUUAUUAGGGGCGACUGUGGUUUAGUGUGAUGAUCACAGGUUCAAUCAACAUGUUGUUGUGUCCU